AUGGGUAAUACUGAGAGUAAUGUUACUAGUGGCGUUAAGAAGCAAGCAGGAACAUCAGAACAGAAGCUUUACAAGCUUCUUGAUUUGAAAGGUGGUGGUCUGUUUGUUGACAUGAUGAAGCGUGCUGCGCAAAACAAACAGUAUGCAGAGAUAGAUCACGCCAUCAAGACUAAAGUGGAACCAUUCCUGUACAACAAGGGUAACGGGCGAUAUAUACCAAUAUCACAUUUGGUACUUCUGCGUAAUAAGGAAAGACCGAGACAUAAGUUGUUACCAGCUCUAAGAGGCAUGGAAAAUCCAGAUGAGGAGUUUGACGUUGAUAAAGACUGGCCUGAAGUUACCCAGGCGGAGUAUGAUGCCAAUCCUUCAGGAUACAGAGAACUUUGUUGGGAUUUAAAGGAGCGCGGUGCUGUGGGUGAGACUAUACUGCAUCUCUGUUUGCUGAACGCGACCUCUCUCCUGGCCGAUCUCGCCAAGAGACUACUGCGAUUCUAUCCGAAACUUAUAAAUGAUAUAUACAUGAGUGAUGAAUACUAUGGUGAAAGCGUCCUUCACAUGGCCAUAGUGAACGAGGAUCCGACGAUGGUGAAGUUUCUACUGGAUGCCGGAGCUGAUUACCAUGAGCGUUGCUUCGGGAAUUUCAUGUGUCCUGAGGACCAAAAGGCUUCGAGGUCCGACUCGCACGACCACGAGUGGGUUAAUGUACAACCGGACACCAAUUAUGAUGGGUAUGUUUACUGGGGCGAAUAUCCACUCAGUUUCGCGGCAUGUCUUGGACAGGAGGAGUGCUAUAGGUUGAUCUUGGCACGUGGCGCGGACCCUGACAAACAGGAUACGAAUGGCAACACCGUGCUCCACAUGCUUAUUAUAUAUGAAAAGAUGAGUACUUUCGAUAUGGCGUACGAAGUUGGUGCAUCAUUAAACAUCCGAAAUGUCCAAAACCUUACUCCGUUGACGUUGGCCGCAAAAUUAGCACGAACUGAACUGUUCUUCCACAUUCUGAAUAUAGAACGGGAGAUAUAUUGGCAGAUUGGAGCUACAACGUGUGCCGCCUACCCACUGGGUCAAGUGGAUACUAUAGAUACACAGACGGGGCUGAUAAGUAAAGAUUCCGCAUUAAAUUUGGUCGUCUUUGGGGAAAAAGAUGAACAUUUGGAGUUAUUAGAAGGCAUGUUGAUAGACCUUCUAAAGACUAAAUGGAAUACAUUUGUUAAGUUUCGUUUUUAUCGGCAAUUUAUAUUAUUCUCUUUUUAUUUUCUGAUAUCUCUGGUAUGCUUUACCCUAAGACCUGGUCCACCGGACAGAGCCCUGAACACUACCGCCUUAAAUGCUACUCUUGGUCCAAAUGUGACAGAUACCGAGUUGGUAACAGAUGUAGAAAAUUGCACAAUACCAUUGAAUGGAACGGACUUCGAUGCAGGAGCUGUGGAAAUUAUAAACGCUACAAAAUCCGAAGGUCCGCAGUGUGCUCGAUUUAAAAGUCAUUCAAAAGACAAAGACAAGCCGCGGAGAGAAACCAAUAUGGAAGGUUGGUGGGAAGACCUAACUGAAGAUUGUAGAUUGAUGAAUUUAGACAGUUUUCAGGCAAAAGUGCGAAUAACAGCAGAACUCAUGCUAUGGUUGGGCGCUUUUGCUUACAUCGCUGCUGCGUUACGAGAAGCAAAAUUUCUCGGUUUAAAGAUGUUUUUUGAAAACUUAAGCACUGUGCCAUCUAGAGUAAUGUUUCUGUUCUCAUGCAUACUAAUGUUGAUACUGCCCACAUUACGUUUGUGGUGUGCUGACGUAGAGGAGGAUCAUCUAGCAGUCAUCAUCAUGUUGACUACAGCCCCUUACUUCUUAUUCUUUUGCAGGGGAUUCAAGACAGUGGGCCCGUUCGUAGUGAUGAUCUACAGAAUGGUGAUGGGUGACCUUCUACGCUUUGUUUGCAUUUACUUGGUUUUCGUGAUGGGAUUCUCACAAGCGUACUACGUGAUUUUCCUGUCGUUUGAUAAUCCGAACACACCAGAGGGCGUGGAUGAUUCAGUAUCGAACCCCAUGCCCUCGCCCAUGGAGAGCAUCAUGGCCAUGUUUCUGAUGUCACUGACCUCUUUCUCCGAUUAUUACACCGCCUUCGAGCACACUGAUCAUGAGAUUGAGGCGAAGUUGCUAUUCGUGAUCUACAUGAUAAUAGUGGCAAUACUUCUUGUGAACAUGUUAAUCGCCAUGAUGGGGAACACGUAUCAGAAGAUAGCAGAGACUAGAAAUGAGUGGCAGCGACAGUGGGCGCGCAUUGUAUUAGUAGUGGAAAGGGGGGUACCACCAGCGCAGAGGCUGAAGCAACUCCUGGCUUACAGUCAACCAAUGGCGAAUGGGAAGAGGGCUCUAGUACUUAGAAUUAAUCAGAAGAGCGAGGAUAAAGAAGAAAUGAAAGAGAUACUUGAAAUGAAACGCACACAUGAUCGCAUUGUGGCUAAGAGAAAGCAAAGGGACAUACCAGUUAAGGGGCAACAGGGUUUUGUCCCGUUGACAAUUACUAAGGACUACCCGACUAGAAAAUAA